AUGCGAAACUCAACAUGUGUACCAGAACUCCAUUUCAUUCAACUCUCAGAAGAUCCAGAUGUACAGACUGUCCUCUUUGGCCUAUUUUUGUUCAUGUAUACCUUGGCCCUGAUUGGAAACCUGCUCAUCAUCCUGACAGUAAGCUCUGACUCCCAUCUCCACACACCCAUGUACUUCUUCCUCUCCAACCUGUCCAUAGUUGAUAUUUGUUUCAUCUCCACCACGGUUCCAAAGGUGAUUCUGGACAUCCAAACUCACUGUGGAGUCAUCUCCUUUGUUGGCUGCCUGACCCAGAUGUCACUGUUUAUAAUAUUUGCAUGUAUGGAUAGCAUGCUUCUGGCUGUGAUGGCAUAUGACCGGUUUGUGGCCAUCUGCCACCCCCUGUAUUACCAGGUCAUUAUGAAUCCCAGUCGCUGUGGUGUCUUACUUCUAGGGUCUUUUCUCUUUAGCCUUGCAGAAUUACAGUUGCACUAUGUG